AUAUUGCGUUGUUGCUGUUCAUUUAUAAAGUAAAUUAAUCCAUUUAUAUUGACAGCAUCAGCAAUAUAUAAAAAAAACAUGGCGGCAUCUAUAAACUUCUGUCAACAAUAUAUUAGAAAACACGAUGUAAAUAAUAUAAGUACACUGCAAGUUCUUCACAAGACAAAACUAUUUUUUUUAUUGUUACUUAUCAAUUGUCCAAAUAGAAAUUGACAUAUUAUAAACUAUAUUCAAUUAUUGCAAAAGUUACAACAUGGACGAUACUAUUAAUUCAGACUUGAGUGAAGAAGAAGUUGUCACUGCCAAAAAAGUCCUAGAAACAUUAGAAAGUGCAUGGCUAAACGAAAAAUUUUCUCCAGAAAUUUUACCACAUCAAGUUGAAGUAGUAGAUUGUAUGCUCGAACAAAUACAACACAUGGAAAAUAAUAUGUCCAAGUUGGAUAAACAAGAUUUUAGAUUGUUGGCUCAUCGAAUGGAAUUAGAAAGAAUUAGAUUUAUCAUUUCCAGUUAUUUGAGAUUGCGGUUGGAAAAGAUAGAACUUUAUACACAGUAUAUAUUAAAACAGGAAUCUGAAAGAACUCCUGAUGAGCAGAGAUUAUCGCCCAAUGAACUAAUUUUUGCUAAAGAAUUUUUAGCAAAUCAAGAAAAUCACUUGAAUCAAGUAGCAUUAAGGCAUAUGCCUCCGAACUUCCAAACAACUGAUCCUGCUUUAACCAUGGUGAAACCCAAUAUGCAAACACAUGUAUUUCUUCAAGCCAAAAAGUCCCUGGCUGCGAUAGUAGUGCCUUUUAGUGAUGAUGAAGUGGACUUAACAGAAGGAUCGCAACAUGUUAUGCAAUAUGAACCAAUUGCCGAAAUGGUGUGUUCAGGAGCUGUACAACUUAUAUGA